AUGGCUUCGAAUCCAAGUUUAGGCUGGGAAAGACUCAAGGACGUCUUCUACAGAGUCCGAGAAUGCUACUCGCUCUCCUGGAACAACAUCAACAUAUCUAACUACAUUGUGGCAGUGGCUCCCUUUUCCACUGCAAUUGCCUUGUAUCCCAAGAGCCAGCCCACUGUUUCCACUCAAAAUCACAACAACACCAUCAACCAGCUUAAUCAGCUCAACCAGCUCAACAGAUCAAGUCUCAAUGCUAUCACUUCCACUCUCACCAAUUUCAACCAAGACAACACUCAAAGCAACAAUAUCUCUGGCACCAGUUAUUUUAACUCCGAUCUUCAUGCCAGUAACACCAGCAGUGGCUCGAAUGUGAUACAAAUAUUCAGUGGAUCUGGUUCAAAACUAUUCAACAUCAAUUGGAACGAGGUAGCUAAUGGGAAAAUUGUAGACUUCUUUUUUUCAAUCAAUGAGGACUUAAUAAUAAUACUAGAAAACGGAAUUUUUAGAAACUAUUAUGACUUUAAUGGCAAUUUUAAUGAAUUUAGUCUAGGUUUUAAUUCGGACAAAAUUGGCAUAAAUGAUAUAAAGUACUACUCAACCGGUUUUGUUGCAAGGCUAAACAAUAAUAACUUCAUCCAUGUCAACGACUAUAAUAAUCCAUAUCCCAGAUUACUAGCUUCUUUCAAUGACAAAAACAGCAAUAAUAAUAAUAUUUCUAAUCCAAAUGCCAAUACUGCAAACAAUAAAGUUAGUGCUAUUAAUGCUGCUAAUAUUGAUAACCAGUCUUUAAUCACCACUACAACAACAGCAAAAUCUUUAUUAAACGACUCUUCUUCUCAAUUCUUUAACGAUACCUCUUAUUUCAAUAUCCACGCCUGGAAUAUCAUCUCCCCUUCUUUUUCUUUAACAAAGAAUAUAGAAAUCUUAAUCUCAAGAGAUGACACUAUUUAUACCAUCGACGAUCAGUCAAUCAAUAAUAAAUUUCUCAAUGAAGGUCCAUUUGAUUUUAUUGCAAUAUCCCCUAAUGCCGAAUUUCUAUCCCUAUAUUCUUCUCUCUCAAACAAAGUAUACAUAAUAUCCUCAGAUUUUCAAAGAAAAUUAUCAGAGUUUGAAUUAAAUAAUAAUAAUAACAAUAUCACCAACACAAUCAAUAUUUCUGCCAUGAAUAACGACAAUGGCAACGAUACCGAUAGCAAUAAUGACAAACCCUUACAGUUGCAAUGGUGUGGAAACGAUGCUGUAGUAUUAUCAUUUAAUGACGAGAUCAAAUUAAUUGGCCCUUCUUCAUCCUAUAUCAAUUUUUACUACGAUUCUCCAGUUUUCCUAAAUACAGAAAUCGACGGAAUAAGAAUAUUGUCAAAUUCAAAGUUAGAAUUCUUAUCAAGAGUUCCCGAUUUAACAGUAAACAUUUUUAAAAUUGGCUCAACUUCUCCAAGUUCAAUCCUAUUGGAUAGUAUUGAUACAACAUCCAUUUCUUCCAACUCUUCCUCCUCUUUUAACUCAACUUCUUUGGAAAACUUGUCUAUAAUUAAAGAUGGCCUAGUUGAUGCAAUCAACUGCUGUAUUAAAGGUUCAACCGAAGAAUUCGAUGUGUAUUGGCAAAAAAAAUUAUUAAAAGCUGCUUCGUUUGGAAAAUCCUUUUUAGAAUUUUACAACUCAGAUUUUCUAAUUGAAUCAAUAUUAUUAUUGAAAAUUUUAAACCAAAUUAGAUCUCAUAACAUUGGGAUGUUUUUAACUUUUAACCAGUUUAAUUUAAUUUUAAGCAACGGUUUAAAUUUUCAAGAUAAUUUAAUUAACAAUUUAUUAAUCAAAAGAAACCAAUUUUUCUUAGCUUUGAAAAUAUCAGAAAAAUUAAAUUUGCCCAAUGAUUUAAUUUAUAUUAAUUGGGCUUGUUUAAAAAUCAAAUACUCUCCAAAUGUUGACGACAAAUCUCUAUUGAAAAUAAUUUUAAACAAAUUAUCCGUCAUUAAAAACAUCUCUUUUGAAAAAAUUUCUCAAAUUGCCUACCAAGAAGGUAGAUUAAAUUUAUCAAUCAUGUUGUUAAAUUACGAACCAGUAUCAGGUAAAAAGAUUCCUUUAUUACUAAAUAUGGAAGAAGACGAACUAGCUUUGGUAAAAGCUCAAGAAAGUUUAAAUUAUGAACUAAUCUUGUAUGUUUUGUUAAUUUUAUAUUACAAGUAUCUAAUAUUGAAAAAUCCUUCAAACGUAAAUUAUGAAAGUUCAAAUUUAAACUCGAAUUCAGGUGGAAUUGGUGAGUUUUUUAAUAUUAUAAAUAAUAAAAAAAUUGCAAUGAAUUACCUUGAAAAGCUAUUAAAAGAGAAAAAUUUUGCAAAUUUAAAUCCAGAAGAUUCAAUAAUACUAUUGAAAAAGUAUUACUAUAGUUUUGAUAAUAGAAUUAAUAUUGCAAACUUUCAGAUAAUUGAAAGCUUGAAAAAUGAAAACAUUGAUCGAGACCUUUUACAUAAUAAUUUGAAUAAUGCUAAAACUUAUGGAAGUGUCAUAACAACUGUAUCGAGUAACACAAGCAAUAAAACAACUAGCAUUAACGGCGAAAUUAGUAUUAACAACGGUACAGCAAUGGACACAAAUAAUUUAAAUAAUACUAUAACAAACAUUACCAAUGCUAAUAAUGAACUUAUAAAUCGUGAACUAGAAAAAUUUGAACAACAAAAAUCAUCAAUUAAUAAAGCCAUCAAAUCAUAUAAUGAAUUUAAAAAUAGUAACAACAGAAAUUAUAUCGAUGAUUUGAAAUAUUUGCAAAGCGAAUUAAAAUUAAUACAAGUUCAAGAAAAUUUAACGAAAGAUUUGUUGCCUAUUCAUCCUAAUUUUAAAAUUCAUCAUUUAUCAGUUAUUCAAACAAUCGAGGAAUUAAUUAAAAUCAAUAAAUUUCAAUCAAAUGCUUCUAGCUCAAUUAAUAAUAAAACUUUUAAAAUCUUGAAAGAAUUCAAAAUAACUGAACUAAGAUAUCAAUGGUUGGUAUUGAAAACAUUAACAAAACAAAGAAAGUUCAAUGAUUUAUUAACAUUUGUCAAUAAUAAUUCAUCAGCUUCAGGAAAGAUAGUUAUUGGUUACAAACCAAUUGUCAACGAAUGUUUAAAAUAUGGAAAUAAGAAGUUUGCUGCAUUAUUUGUCAAAAAAUCGAAUGAUAUUCCAUACCAAGAAAAAUUAGAUUAUUAUUUAAAAUGUGGCGACUUUAGAAAUUACUGUGAGGAAGCAGUGAAAAACAAAGAUUUAAACAGACUAAAGGAAAUACUACAACUUUAUAAUGAAAAUGGGACAAGUUCAAGUAACACAGCAAUUAUUGAUAUCAUUCAGCAAUAUAUUAAUAAAAUAAAAAGAUAA